CAGCGGAGGAUUCAAACCGAACAUGGCUGCGGGCAAGGAUGUCGAUGAAAACACACAAAAUAGAAGAGGUCCAGUGAGCAGUAUGGUGAUUAAUCAUGAAGAAUCACCUGGUGGCUCUCGUCCCAGCCGACCUCCAGUCAUAUUCAACCCAGACUUUUUUGUGGAGAAACUCCGUCACGAGAACCCAGAAAUAUUCUUGGAGCUGGUACUAAGUAACAUCACUCGCCUCAUAGAUCUUCCCGGGACAGAGUUUGCACAGCUCCUUGGUGAGGAGGGCCCGAAGACCCCAACAGGUGGAAAUGGAGGCUUCUUUCGCUCUUUCAACUUCCUCAAACGCAAAGAUAAAGGGGUUGUGUUUGGAACCCCACUAACAGAAAUCUGCAUUGCCCAGAUCUACCAGCUCAUCGAGUACCUCAGCAAAAAUCUGCACGUGGAGGGUCUGUUUCGGGUGCCGGGGAACAGCGUCCGGCAGCAGACCCUGAAGGAGCUCCUGAACAGCGGGGUGGAUGUGGAUCUGGAGUCUGGAGACUUUCACCCCAAUGACGUGGCCACGCUGCUCAAGACUUUCCUGGGAGAGCUGCCCGAGCCCCUGCUCACACAAAGACACUUUCACGCACACCUCAAGAUAGCCGAUCUGACUCUGUUUGACGAACUCGGGAACAAGACUGCGUUGCCCAACAAGGAGCGUCAGAUAGAAGCCCUGCAGCUCCUCUUCCUGCUGUUACCUCAGGCCAACCGGUCCCUGCUCAAACUGCUCCUGGACCUGCUCUACCACACCGCCAGGCAGCAGGACAAGAACAAGAUGUCCGCCUUCAACCUGGCCCUCAUGUUCGCGCCGCACGUCGUCUGGCCCAGACACAUGACCGCUUGUGACCUGAAAGACAAUCUGAAGAAACUGAACAGCAGCAUGGCCUUCCUCAUCAAACACUCACAGAAGCUCUUCAGGGCUCCAGUCUACCUGCGGGAAUACGCCAGAAUGCACUUCACUGGCACCAAGGCUCUGCAGACCAAGGAUGAUCUGGAGCUGUUUGCAGCCAGCAGAUCUCCUGCUCAGCCGACCGUGUUGCCCCUGAAGAGGUCAGCCCCCCCCCAGGAGCAGUGCCAGUCCCCGGCCCAGCAGUACACAGAGGAGGCUCUGAAGGACCUCUUCAGACACGUCAACCACAGCAUGCCCGACUCCGCCAAGAAGAAGAAACUCGUCAGACAGUUAGUCAAACAGACAACCUCAGGGACGCCUACCAACGACCGGCUUCAGGUCCCCCCCACUGCCAGCAAGAAACACCCACGUUCCCGCUCCUUUGGAGGCCUCAUCAAGCGCAAAGCUCGCGGUGAGCAGCUGACGGGGGAGAGGCGGCUCCGACAAAUCUCCCCAGAUAUCGACUCCAAGUCGGGAAGAAAAGCUGGUAAAGAGAACGUCAUCCUACAGGCGGUGAACAGCCCAUUAAAUGGUCACAUGUUGGGGAAGGGGGGGCUCAUAGUCAAGAACCCGGACUUUGCUUUCAAGGACAGAGUUCUGAAGGUUUCCAAGCAGAACUCCCCCUCUGUGACCCGGAUGUGUUUCUCUCCCGCUCAAGAGAUCUCGCUGUAAAAACCCAACACCUCCUCCUCCUUGUCUCAGACAGGACUCGAGCAGUAUUUAUAUUAAUAUUCCUCUUGUUUAUUAUCAUGUUUUCAUCGUAGUCAGUCUCUUUUAACUGUGACUAAUAUAAAGCAGCAUUCAGCCUCUGCCAGAGCAGCCAAACCAAAGCCAGGAAAUCACUGUUGGACAGACAACUAGACGUGAGAGGUACUUACAGUUGAUUUAAAUCCUCCCCCCCCUUAGAUACCCUUAAUGUAAAGAAGAUGCCUAAUGGGGGGAAAAAUGACUCUGCUUCCAAACAUGCAAAACAGUUAUGACUUCAAUACGUGAUAUCUGAAGCUUAAACCCCCUUUUUACUCUCAGAAAUACUUCAGAAAAGUCCCAGAUUUCUCGUACUUCUACUAUUCAGAUAAUAGUGCAUCAGGUUGGACAGUAUUUCUUUGAGCAUGAUUUAGUUCAGUAAUCAUAUCUGAAAUAAAGUAAUGAUGACAAGCAACACUUUUAGUUGAACUGGGUGCAAGGAUAAUUAGUUUGUUUUAAUAUAAGAGUCUUUGGGAGCAAAUGCAUAUUCUGUGACGAAUGCAAAUGUAUCUUUUUGUAACAUUCUUAAUUUUGUUGUUAUACCACAUAUUUGUCAGGUUUCAAUAAUGUGUUUGCAUUAAUCGGCUAUCGAAGUUAUACAUUUGAAUCUGAAUUAUUCAAAUUCCAUUGUGACUUUUUCGUUUUUGAAUGGAUUUAUCAACAAGUCUGCAUUAUAAGAUCUGCUCGGAGAUCAUUUUAAACUUGAACGUAAAAGCAUUAACGCUCGUCACAUUGCAUGCUGCUCUGUCUUGAAUAACACUUUGGGGUUAUUGUUUAGCUCUUCCUGUUUCUUUGGUUUGGCUCCACCUGCUUAUUGAAACUUAUUUUUAGCUACUGUAUCAAACUCUAUGACCACUAGUAAGUGUAGGAUAUGUAUACAUUUUGUACAGUGUGUUUGUAAGUGUGUGUGUGUGUGUGUGUUUUUAUAAUGUGUUUUUAACUGGGAGAUGUGAUGUGUCUACGGUACGAUAUGUUGGUUAAUGGAUGAUAUUUUUGGGUGAUGUUCUCUCUUUGUUGUGCCGCUGAUGCCGAGUCAGUGAGCAGGUCACUUUAUAUUUCAAAUGUUUUUAAAUCCGGAUAUGAAAAAUAUGGUUCAUUUGAUAAUCACUACUCUCACAGACUGUGAAAAUACCCACUGUUAACGAAUCCGUCAAAUAUGAAAUGUUACAGUCUAACAGGACUUUAAAUACUUUUUUUACUUUAUUGUUUUUACUUUUUCGUCAGCUGGAUGAUGGAAGUGUGACGUGUUGAGGGUGGUAUGAUAUGUUGAGGGUGGUAUGAUAUCUUGAGGGUGGUAUGAUAUCUUGAGGGUGGUAUGAUAUGGUGAGGGUUUAAAUGAAAGUCUAAAGAAAGUUUUUGUACGAUUUGAGAAGGUUGAAAUGAGCAGUAAUGUUACAGUCUGAUCCUUUUAAACAUGUGAGUGUACUGUAAGGCUGGGUUAUAUAGCAACCUCACAAUAUUCCAUACCAAAUAUAUUGAUAUUUUGACAAUUGUAAGGUGUACUGAUGGUGCUUUUUGAUAAAUAAUAAUUCGUAAUUACAACUAAUAGAUCUAGAAAAUCAAAUCUCAUCUAAGCCAAGAAACACUAUUUUACGGUAUCCUAAAUCUAACACAAUAUAAUAUAUUGCCCAGCCCUAAUGUAACGUCCAUUAUCUGGGUAUAUUUGGUCAACACUCAAGAAGCACUUAUACCUGAUUAAGGCCCUGUUGUUGAAAACAGAUUAAGGGACUUAGAUAUUAAAAUGACACGUGCAUAAUUGUGUGUUUUGCAGAGAAUGUUACGUACUUAAAGCCCCUUUUCUACAUUUUGUGGGACGGUCAUUUUGUAUGCACACUUCCUAUGUAUGUUCCUCCAGCUUUACUUGUCACGGCUUGAUUUUACUGACAUCUGCUCAUUUUGUUGUAUAGGGAGUACGCAUGCACCGGUAUCAACAUUUCUACAACUAAAUAACUUUUCAAAACGGUGCUGCCCUUCAGGAAGCAACUGGAUUUCUCCAACUACUUCACUUCCCUACUGUGCUACAUUUGUGUUCAUAGAAUCUGGAAAUGCCAAUGAGAAAUCCUCAGGUUUUUCUCCUAUUCCUGCUGUUCAUCAUGUAUUAUUGCUUCAUGGUCUAAUUGGAAAUACAUAGGAAUCUGAUACUGGUGCAUCCUGUUUUGAAAGAGUUGUGGAUGUUGAAACGAUGGGUUUGUUGAAGGCGAUUGAACAUGCAUGACAUGUCAGGUGCAGAUGGACACUCAAAGACAUUACCUCCUUUUGUUAUUUUACCGUUUAUUGUCAUAUUCUGAAGAUCACUUUUGUACUAUGGUCUUCUCAAUAACUUUUUUUAUUUCUAAAUAACCCUGACUGAAUUCAUCUCGGCACACUUUUGAAACUGAACUGGGAUCUCUGGACGUCAUCUUUUCUUCGUGAAGUCCUUUUCAGUUCUCUAGGCUGCAGUUUUACCAACAUGUUUUAUUUUUAAGGGAGAGGAUUAUUGUAUUUUUUUAUUUUAUUUAUUGCCUUUUGGGAAACACAAGUCUCUGGGCCAGAUUUAAGGUACUUACAAUUGUCUUUUUGUUACCUUGUCACGCAGAUGAGAGCAGUUCCAUUCUGUAUGAUGUGGAAAUGCUGUUUUAUUUGUAACACAGAAGUCUCCAGAGCCUUCCUGUUUUAAGUGUGUCUGUCUUUUUUUUGUUUUUCUCUGUACAUAAAUGUGAAACAUUUUAGUUACUGAUUUCUACUUUCUAUCUGAACAUGGUCACUGAUAAGUUUGUUUAACACUGAGAACAACAGAAUAGCAUAAUAUGACAAAAGUAGGGGGAAUACAUGUUUAAGGUACCUAAAUGGUUGCUUUCACCAUAUUUCUGUGUUAACAGGAGAUCUGUCAAUGUUACGAGUUUUAUGGGUUAAUCAAAAACACUGUUAUUCAAAUUUGUCAAUGCUCUGUUCCUCCAGUGUGAUAAUGAACGUAUCUGUGACUUUUGUUCCACCUGGUUUGAACCGUGGUAACCCUUUUUUUUAUUUGUAUUUUAGUGUAAAAUAAGUUAACCUUGUACAGUGCAUUGGAUUCCUUGGUGAACCCUCCGCUUCGGAUUAAAACUUUUUUAUGUUUCCUACACAAAGUCUGUCAUGUUUGAAU